AUGUCUUGUCGAGGCAAACCCACGUGUGCUCGCUGCUCGGUGGAGGGCCAUGACAGUGAUAGUUGUAAAGCUGUGCCACUGUGUGUCAAUUGUAAGGGGGAGCACACAGCAUUCUCUCGCUCAUGUCCUAAAUGGAAAGCUGAGAAGGAAGUACAGUCCUUGAAAGUGACUAAAAACUUAACAUAUGCAGCAGCUAGAAAAAUAAUAGCUAGUACACAGCCACGUUUAAAUGUUUCAUAUGCUGAGGCUGCAAAGAAAUUCAAAACAAUAGGAAUCCAAACUAAUCUAAGCAAUCUAUGUCAAAAGAUAAAUAACCAACGGGAAAAUACCUCUAAAAUAACAGUAACAGAGUAUAAUGCAGGAAAUAAACUAACAAAAACUAGCGCUACUCAAAACAAAGUAACAGAAACAAUAAACACCAAGGAUAAGCCUUUAGAAAACAAUUCCGCAUCAUCAAGUAAACAAAAUCUCCUGAAACAAUCCGAAACUCCUAUUCUUAAGCAUAGGAGUCGAACUGACAGUUCACUCGAAAGUUUGAGCUCUGACUUUGAUGAUAUGGAAGUUGAAGCCGGACUUGAAUUUCCGAGAAAUCUGCUUCCUCGUCUGACAAAGAAGCAGCAUCGGGGAAAUAAAAACUCAUAA